CAAGGUGUCAAACAGAUAACAAUACCAAGGUCCUCUGACAUUCUUCCACCACUUCAAAAACUUCAAAGCAACCAUAACCCCACCACCAUCAUCCCUUCUCAUUUCACAAAGCCUUCUCACACCUAGUCUCCACUGUCCGUAGCUCUUUUUCCUUCCAGUUCUCUGCAAUGGAAGGGACCCUUUUUCCCAAUAGGCCUGGAUUUCCAAUCCAACAAACAAAACCAACAAUUCAACCGCCUAACCAACGCUUGAAAUUCAAUACUUCAACUCUCCUUCCUCCUUUACAUCAACAAUUGCUGCCGCAGCAACAGCAGCAACCAAAGACUGCUUGUUCAUCUUCUUUUCCUAUUGAUUCUCUCCUCCAACACCUUCUCCAUAUCUCCAACAAUAAGCCACCUAUCAUCAAAUCAGCCAAAAGCAAUGGAACCCACUUCACUUCAGCUCUCAUUUCUUCAGAAAAUGGAGAAUUUGAAGAAACCCGUUUGGCCAAUUCAAUUGCUAUCCCAAGAAUUGAGAGAUACAGGGAAGAGCAUGCUUUUCAGACAGGCAGUGGUAAUGGGGCCCUUGAUUUUCUCCCCCUGGACUGUAAGUUGAUGCUUAAUUCAAUUCUUGAAUACCCCGUUUCUAGUUUGAGUAAAUACCUUGAUUCUGUCAAGUUUCAGUUAUUGGAAGUUGAUUUGAUGAGUUUGUUGAAAGGUUUAGAUGUUCUAGGCAAUUGGGAAAAAGCUAUAAUUUUGUUUGAAUGGCUUGUCAUGAAUGAUACUAAGGACAAGUUGGACAACCAAGUUAUUGAAUUAAUGGUUAAGAUUCUUGGGAGGGAGUCUCAAUACUUGGUCACCUCAAAACUGUUUGAUUUACUUCCCGUUGAGGAGUAUUUGUUGGAUGUCCGAGCAUGUACUACAAUUCUUCAUGCAUAUUCUCGUACUGAAAAGUACGAUAAGGCUAUAGCAUUGUUUGGAUACAUGAAAGAAAAGGGCUUAUAUCCAACUUUAGUUACCUACAAUGUGAUGUUGGAUGUUUACGGUAAAAAGGGCCGGUCUUGGAAUGAAAUUGUUGGCCUUCUUGAAGAAAUGAGGAGCGAAGGGCUUCAGUUUGAUGAGUUCACUUGCAGCACUGUGAUAUCAGCAUGUGGCCGUGAAGGGUUGUUGGAGGAAGCAAAGGGGUUUUUCGAUGAACUGAAGAAACGAGGAUUUGUUCCUGGAACAGUUAGUUACAAUUCACUUCUCCAAGUGUUUGGGAAGGCAGGGGUUCUUCCGGAGGCUUUGAAUGUUUUGAAAGAGAUGGAGGAAAAUCAAUGUCUUCCAGACUCGGUAACUUACAAUGAACUUGUGGCAACAUAUGUGAGGGCUGGAUUCCAUGAAGAAGCAGCUGCUUUAAUUGGUACAAUGACGGAAAAGGGGAUAAUGCCAAAUGCUGUGACUUACACUACAGUGAUAGAUGCCUAUGGCAAAGCUGGGAAGGAGGACAAGGCAUUUACUUGGUUCAAACAUAUGAAGAAAGCGGGUUGUGUCCCUAAUGUGUGCACUUAUAAUGCUAUCCUUGGGAUGCUAGGGAAGAAGUCACGAUUGGAGGAGAUGAUGGAAAUUGUCUGUGAUAUGAAAAUAAAUGGUUGUGCCCCCAAUCGUGUGACUUGGAAUACAAUGCUUGCCAUGUGUGGUAGUAAAGGAAUGCAUAAAUAUGUUAAUCGUGUUUUCGAAGAGAUGAAGAAUUGUGGCUUUGAGCCUGAUAGAGACACAUUCAAUACCUUAAUUAGUGCAUACGGUCGAUGUGGUUCACGAGUUGAUGCUUCGACGAUGUAUGAUGAGAUGAUGAAAGCAGGCUUUAUGCCAUGUGUUACAACUUAUAAUGCACUUCUAAAUGCUCUGGCCCGUAGAGGUGAUUGGAGAGCAGCAGAAAAGAUAAUUUUGGACAUGAAGAAUAAGGGCUUCAAGCCCAGUGAAACAUCACACUCCUUGUUGCUUAAUUGCUACUCAAAGGGUGGCAAUGUGAGGGGCAUAGAAAAGAUUGCAAAAGAUAUCUACGAUGGCCGCAUCUAUCCCAGUUGGAUGCUUUUGAGGACCCUUGUUCUUGCAAAUUUCAAGUGUAGGUCUCUCAUGGGUAUGGAGAGAGCAUUCCAAGAAUUCAAGAACCAUGGAUAUAAUCCUGACUUAGUUAUGUUCAACUCAAUGCUUUCCGUUUUUUCCAGGAACAAAAUGUUGGAUCGUGCCCAUGAGAUGCUGCACUUGAUCUGUGAGAGUGGAUUGCAGCCAGAUCUCAUUACUUACAAUAGCUUGAUGGAUAUGUAUGCUAGAGCAGGUGAUUGCUGGAAAGCUGAAGAAAUCCUCAAUGGACUGCAAAGAAGUGGUGGAGAACCUGAUCUUGUUUCCUAUAAUACUGUCAUCAAGGGGUUCUGCAGGCAAGGUCUCAUGCAGGAGGCAAUCAGAGUUUUCUCAGAAAUGACAUCCAGGGGAAUUCGUCCCUGCAUUGUUACGUACAACACGUUUGUUGCUGGCUUUGCUGGACGAGGACUGUUCUCACAAGUAGAUGAAUUAAUAGACUACAUGAUCCAGCAUAACUGCAGACCAAAUGAGUUAACAUACAAGACAAUAGUAGAUGGUUAUUGUAAAGCAAAAAAGUACAAGGAAGCCAUGGAUUUUGUUUCAAAUAUUAAGGAAAGGGACGCUUCCUGUGAUGAGCAGUCCUUGCAUAGACUUGCAUUACGGGUCAGGGAAAAUGUGGAGUCGUGAUUUCAAGAAAUUUUUCGUUCUGGUGAUCCAGGGAGGAUGCAGCAUGACAAAAAAUUAAUAUAGCAGUUGCCUGAUAUCUUUCUGCACUAUUCCAAGGAUUAUAUUGCGAGUCUGGUGUUUCAGAGUUCAGAUUAACAGUUAAGAUUAAGUUAGUAGUGUGAGACUCUUGGUAUGGUGUGCCCAGGGCGGUCAAAUUCUACCUUAACUGACUUCUGCUGUUUAUUGCAUCAAAAACAGGUCUCGAGUAUGUCGCAAUGAGUUACCCUGUCGCCUCUUGAACAAUUGAUUUCUUUGUUGAGAAUAUUGAAAUUGAUAAAUAUACAUAGUUCCAUUCCAUCGUUCUUUUCCUUUAA